CAACUCGACUCGAGAGGCUGGUUAGCUGCCCAAAUUCCGUCUUCAAUUAAACCAGUGUUCCAGACCCUUCCAGGACCAAAACCUUUUUCAACUCCAAGGAAUCCCCAAAGGCAGAGAGAGAGAGAGAGCGAGCAGUGGAAACCCUAACGAUUCUUGAGCAGAGAUUGGAGCCCUAGACGAAGACGAUCGAAGCAGAGAGUGAUGAGAUGGGGAUAAUAAAGAGCAAUUUCUCAUUCAUGGUUGGAACAGUGUGCGGAAUAUACAUAGCUCAGAACUACAAUGUACCCAACAUUCGCAAGCUUGCUAACACUGCCAUUUUCAUGGCUAAACACAUCGAAGAGAAGUACCGGAAGCCCAAGAAAGGCGAUGAUUAACACUUUGUUGGUUUACAGGUUUCUUACUCAUCCCAUCAUUUUUUUUCUUCCACUUUUUCAUAUACAAAACAAUACUAUGCAAUUGAGAGCUUUGUAUUGGAAACUUAAGAAUUCAACGAAAUUGAUGGUUAGUUGAUUUCAAU